AUGGUCAAGCCCGCUGGACUGCUCUCGAACCGGUAUGAGGUCAAGGACAUGCCCGACUUGACUGGCAAGGUGGCCAUCGUCGUCGGUGGAAGUCGGGGUAUCGGAGAGGCUGCUGUUCAUGCGCUGGUACAAAAGAACUGCCGAGUCCACAUCAUCUCCGCGACCGAGGCGCACGCCGAAGCCGCCAUCGACCACGCCUCGGAGCUCACACCCAAAGCGUCCGAGCUUAUCGAGACGCACCAGGUUGACCUCGGCGACCUCCCGGCCGUCCAGGCGCUAUGCGAGAAGAUCGCCUCCUCGUUCGAACGCCUCGACAUGCUCAUGCUCAUCGCGGGUAUCGGAGUGGCGCCUUUCGGUAUGACCAAGUCGGGUCUCGGAAACCACUUUGGUAUCAACAACGUCGCGUUCCUUCAGAUUGCGGACAUCCUCUACCCGCUUCUGAAGAAGACGGCUGAGAUGCCCAACACGCUCGAAGGAUCGGUCCGGAUCGUGUGCGAGGCGUCGGAGCUGCACAGGUCGGCCCCGUCGGACGUCAAGGCGGAGAGUCUGGAGGAGAUGGCGACGGAUCUGGGCGGAGCGCGGCUCUACGGCCGAUCCAAGCUGGGCGUAAUCUGGUUUGCUCAGCACCUCGCCUCUGUCCUCCCUGCCUAUCCCCCGGUUCUCGCCAUCUCCGUUCACCCUGGAGCGGUCUCCACGGAGCAACAGUCCGGGGCCACCGAGUCAUACCCCAUCCUCGGUAAAGCCCUCGAGUACAUCGCCCCGGCGGUGUUCAUGACCAAAGAGCAAGGCUCCGAGUCGGCGCUCUGGGCGGCCACUGCGCCAGGUCUGGGAGAGCCGGAAAAGCGCGCCCAGGUCAACGGGCAGUACUUUACAGAGGCGGACGGCAAGCCCGGUACCGAGUCCAGCCAAGCCCAAGACCCCGGAAUGGCCGCACGCUUCUGGGCGUUGUGCGUCAAGGCGCUCAAGGAGAAGGGCAACUACGAGGUCAAGCUCGGUACGGCGGCGUACUAG